AUGGGUACUAGGAGUAUUAUGAAUACUAUGGGAACUAGUGUUAAUUUGAAAUAUAAAAGAUUAUAUACAUAUGAAUCAGAAAUAAAUAUAGAAAAAGAAAUUGAAGAAAAAGUUAGAAAAACUAUUGAAUCUGAAAAAAUUCUUGUUUUUAUUAAAGGAACUCCUAAUGAACCACAAUUAGUAAGGUCCGUUACGGUGUCUAGUAAUACGGGAAAGGGAGCUAAUAACACUUUUGAUACUCCUGGAAAGGGAGCUAAUAACACUUUUGAUACUCCUGGAAAGGGAGCUAAUAACACUUUUGAUACUCCUGGAAAGGGAGCAAAUUCUACAGCUAUUGAGUGUAAUAGUAGUACUAAUAACCUAACUACUACUUAG